CUUGAGAUAACAAAGCACAUCGAUCAUGGCAGAGGAAGUGAAGGUUUUUAGGUCAUGGUCAAGUCCAUUUCCUUUGAGAGUCAUCUGGGCACUGAGAUUGAAGGGUGUUAAGUUUGAUGUAAUAUGCGAAGAUCUCUUCAACAAGAGCCCUUUGCUCUUGCAAUAUAAUCCUGUCGGAAAGAAGGUUCCUGUGCUUGUCCACAACGGUAAAGCCAUCUGUGAAUCACUAGUCAUUCUUGAAUACAUUGAAGAGACAUGGAAGCAAACUCCUUUGUUGCCUGAAGAUCCUUACCAGAAAGCCAAUGCUCGUUUCUGGGCCAAAUUUAGUGAUGACAAGGUCUUCCAGUCAAUUAAGUGGGAUGUGCUCUUGAAGGAGGGAAAAGAGCAAGAAGAAGGGAUACUCGCAUCCUUGCAGAACUUGAGAUAUUUAGAAGAAGAGCUAAGAGGAAAGAAAUUCUUCGGUGGGGAGGCAAUUGGACUAGCAGACCUUGCAUUAGGAUGGCUUGCUUAUUACCUUAAUAUCUUAGAGGAGGUAGCAGGUCUGAAACUGGUAGACCAGGAAAGUUUUCCAUCCUUAGUGGCAUGGAUGCAAGAAUUUGCAAAUGCUCCAGUCGUCCAUGGAAGCUGGCCCGAUAGAGACAAGCUGACUGAAAAGUUUGUUGCCAUGCGCGAAGCCAGUCUUGGAAAAGAAACACAUAAAUGAAUGGCUUGUGCUGUUUCAUUUGCAGACCGUUAAUGCUACUAGAAAACAAAAAUAAUGCAGAAAACAAGCAAAUCGCCAUUGAUAAUGAUUCCUGCUAUUGUUAGUUAAUUUUCUGUGGUGAGCUGCAGCUUCAUCCAGAAGUCUACGACCAGAAACAUGUUAUUGUCUCUGGUAUGUUAUCGAAUGAAGGCAAUAAUAAACUUCUGUUAUUUUCAAAUU